CCAGUCUGGCUGGCAAUUAUUUUCAAACCUGUUUCGUGUUUGGUUGGGGAUGUGAUAAAAUGGCAUCCUUCUCCUUGAUACAUCCAUUGGAGAUCUGGAGAGGAAGAGGAAGAUGAAGAGGCCUCACGUGUUGAUCUUCCCAUUCCCGACGCAGGGUCAUAUCAUUCCUCUUUUGGAGCUCUCUCUUUCUCUCGCCUCCCGAGGCCUUGCACUCACCCUUCUCACCACUCCUGGAAACGAGCCCCUGCUGCGCCCUCUCUUAUCCACCGCUUCUUCCGAGAACCUCUUCAUCCAAUCCCUCAUUCUUCCUCUUCCUCCUCCUCCACCUCCUCCGCACAACGAAACCCAACUGCCUAUACAUUCCUUGCCGCAUUUGAUCUAUUCCCUCAAGGGGCUUGCCGAUCCUUUGGAGCAAUGGCUCCUGCAGCAAAAACUCGACGAGAGCUCGGAUGAAUUUGGGCCUGUGAUCUGCAUCAUCAGCGAUUUCUUCUUGGGAUGGACUCAGGAUACGGCGACCAAGCUGGGCAUACCCAGAAUCGUAUUCAGUCCGUCGGGAGCAUUUGCUUUCUCUGUCAUUUCUUCUGUGUGGAAAUACAUGCCGCACCUAGGUGUGGAAUCUGAUGAGGGUGAAGUGUCCAUUCCUGGCUUUCCUCAUCCUCUCACUCUUCGCAAGUUUCAACUUUCUCCCCUGGCACAGGUCUACAAAAGCUCGGAUCCUGUCCACGAGUUCAUCAAAUACAUCAUGAAUCUGAAUCUCCAAAGCUGGGGUACCCUCAUUAACACCUUCUAUUCUCUCGAGACUCCCUAUGUCGACCAUCUCCGAACAGUUUCGGGCCGCCCUGUUUGGUCGGUGGGUCCUCUGCUUCCCCCUGCUGUGUUCCACCACAAGCAGAAGCAGGAAAUGAAUCAUCAGAGGGGGAACCCCAAUUCAAUUAACGAAGCGCUGUGCUUGCAGUGGCUCGAUGGUCGGAAAGGGAGAUCUGUUGUGUAUGUCUGCUUCGGUAGCAUGGCAAUUUUGUCUGAGAAGCAGAAUGAAGAGAUUGCAGCGGGAUUGGAGGCGAGUGAAGUGUCCUUCAUUUGGGUCAUCAGAGACAAUGGAAAUGCCAAGGUCGGUCUUGAAGAAAGAGUGAAGAAGAAGGGCCUGGUUAUCAGAGGGUGGGCGCCUCAGCUCUUGAUCCUCUCCCACCCUUCUGUUGGGUGUUUCGUUACCCACUGUGGGUGGAAUUCUACUCUGGAGAGCAUUUCACUGGGGAUUCCCAUGAUUGCAUGGCCUUUAACUGCGGAUCAGCAUAGCGACGCUCUCUUGUUGGUUGAAUAUCUGAGAGUCGCAGUCAGAUUAUGCGAAGGGCCAAACGCAGUGCCCAACAGAGAUAUGUUGGCAAGUGCAGUGAAGAGAGUGGUGGGAGGAGAAGGAGAAGAGGGUUUGCGGGUACAGGAAUUGAGCAGGGCAGCGAGAGAGGCGGUGAAGCAGGGGGGAUCUUCUUCCUCUAAUCUGGAAGACACUGUUGCUUGCAUACGAAAUUUGGCACCCGACAAAUUGUGAUGCUGAAUUUUUAAUUUUAAAAAAAUUGUGGAUUAAUUUUUAUAUUAAUUGAUGGCCUUUGUCCACAUUUUUUAUUUAUUAGAAAAUCAGCGUUAAUCAGGAUGCUGAUCCUUUGUCUAUAUAUAUAUUUUUAUUAGAAAAGCAGUCUUAAUCAGGGUUUUUGUCCACAUUUGUUAUUUAAUGUUCAAUACCAAUAAUUAUAUUUUAAA